CUGAUGGAGAUGCAGCUUACAGAAGCAUGCAGCUAAGAUUGCAACUCUUCGCUACAGGCUCGCGGUCAUCGUCGCCGUCCCGAUCAACAGCAGCUUAGCGACAUCAAGUGCAAGCUGUGUACAUUCUAUAUCCACCUUGCCGGUAUCACAUCUUGGCUGCGUCAUCACCAAUCGCCACCAUUUACCUCAGCGUGCUUCCAAUUGACUUGGGCAGUCCAUAGGCGAGGCCGACAAGGGGUGCACGAAUAGCUAAAAGUCCGCCCCUUUCCCGCGAGCACGGGAAGCCGUCGCUCGGAUCAAGGCUUGAUUGGAAGGAGGCGGCCGAGAACUAUUGAAGAGGCAAAGACACCUUAUGGACGGCGGCGUUCACUCCGAUCUCUCCAUAGCAAGCCCGGCUGGCCCAAUGUGGAGGAUGGUAGUCGAAUCACCGCGGAUAACCCGCCUGCAGGGGCGAAUAGCGAGCGCAUCUCGCCUGCCGCACGCUUUGCGCUACCUCCUCUCACGCACGCUCUCCGCCGCUUCGCGCUUGGAGACGUCGAUCUCGAUCUCUUUGUCCCUCAGGCGUUUCAGGGAGUACCACUUUUCCGUAGGGGAAAAAGUCAAGUACGCCAUCUUGGGCGGCAUCUCACUGUUCAGCUUGUUCAUCAUGGAGGUGCCCUGCUUCCCACUCAAGCUAUCCAUCCCGGCGCUGUACGCACUUGCCAUCCUGCUACCUAUCACCUCACAGUUCUUCCUCCCAGCGGGGCCAAUCUUCUGCUGGCUUCUCUUUUUCUACUCGUCCAAGUUCAUCCCGCCAGACUCGCGCCCGCAUAUCUGGGUCUCGCUUCUCCCGACGCUCGAAACCAUUUGGUACGGUGCGAGCAUCUCAGACAUUUUGACGCGCCUCGGCCAUCCCGCGUUGGACAUCCUCGCGUGGAUUCCCUACGGUGUCGUACACUUCGUCGCGCCCUUCGUUGUCGCAGCCUGCCUCUUCAUCUUUGCCCCACCUGGGAGCGUCAAGGUGUUCGGCACAAGCUUUGGCUUUAUGAAUUUGAUCGGAGUCAUCAUCCAGAUCGUCUUUCCAUGCGCCCCGCCAUGGUACGAGCUCCGUGAGGGUCUCACACCUGCGAAUUACAGCAUGAAGGGCUCGCCCGCCGGUCUUGCCCGCAUCGACGAAUUGUUCGGAGGGCAUGGCUACACGCUCACAUUCUCCAACGCACCUGUCCCCUUUGGCGCCUUCCCAUCUCUGCACGCGGGGACAGCGACGAUGGAAGCUCUGUUUUGCUCCUACUUUUUUCCCUUUUACAUCACCCUCAUCAAAGGCAAAGGCGGCAAAGGCAAUUCACGAUGGAGAGGAGGCAGAGACAUCCGAAUCGACGUACGCUUCUUCUACUGGCUCUAUGCCGGCUGGCUGUACUGGUGCACAAUGUACCUCAUGCACCACUACCUCAUCGACCUCGUCGCUGGCGGCUGUCUUGCGACUAUCUGCUUUUUCUUCUUCCUCACCAAUGACAUGCGUGACGCGAUGGAGAUGGGCUGGAAGUACCGCUCCAGCUCGCCCGCUCCGCUCUCUGCUGCUCCAUCGCCAUUACAACCCGGCUCUGCGUUUGGCGUGCGGAACGCUAACGCCAAUGGGCAAGACCCUGUGGGAAUGCCGAGCAUCUCUGCCUCGGACGCCAACAGGGAAGAGCACUUUGCGCUCGACAGCCUGGACUCGGCGGCGCGUUUUGACGGCAGCGGCGACAGCCAUGAUAGCGCUGACGAGCUCCAGGACGGCGACGGCGACCGUUGCGCCGGCCAGCGAUCCGAUGGGGCAGCGAGGUGUGAAAAUAUGCAGAUGGAGCCGCUGCUGGGUGCAGCGCGGAAAGGCAAGGGCACCUCACGGCCGCACAGCAAGCUGCGCGACUUUGCUUUCUCCGCAGGGACGGACGCCACUGGUAGCGGCAAUCAGAUGAUGGAAGGCAAGCCUCUGCUGAGCCGGGUGAUGAGCGCUUCAAAGACUGCAUGAGCCAAUCCCAUAGACGUCUUUGGGCUUAGCUUCUUUCAUAAGGCAAGGGAGGCACAUUGCGUCCAGUAUGCAAGCAAUCUUCACCUAAGUCUCCCAUAUCGUAUUGAUUCCAGAAGCAGUUUCACUACGGCCGCCUGAGCCAUGGUGGGGGCACAGAGUGACGACGUUUGGUGCGCUUUCGUAUCCAAACUCAAGGCACCAUCAUCUGAGUUCAUCGAGGCUUAUUCCAUGGUGCAACCCAUUCCUGACAGCUCAUUCCCAGUCGAUGACGAGACCAAGCGCAGCGAAGGUGAAGGAGAGAUGCUCGUGCAAGUGUCUUUUUGUGCGUGAGUUGUCAUACUGAUACAUGCGCUCGCGCCAUGGCGCACGAUGCGUGGAAAGAAGGGCUAAAG